AAGAACAAGGAAGUAAACUCUUUCCGCUUCACUUGUUGUGCGACUGACUUUUGCCGGGAGGCCUCUUCGCACAUUUCUCCUGUGUGUAUUGCUCUCUGUAUCAUCAACAACUAUAUCGCAGUUAAAAUAACAGAAGCCAUGGGUCUCUGGACACUGCGGAUGCUGUGUGUUGUUGCACUACUCGCUGCAACGUGCCGUGCAGCGUUGUAUUUCGCUGAAUGCACAGGUGGUAGCUUGGAUGUUGCUGAAACCACGAAUCGCUCGUUCUUAUGUGCUGGAUACAAUGCAGAUCAGCUUAAUUGGACGGUAAAAGAUAUUAAAGGAGAUACACUUUAUUUUGGUGUUUGCAACUACCAGACGUGUGGACCUGCUAAUGACCGGUUUACUUUAACUGCAAAACCGACUACAACUGGCUACAGCUCAUGGCUUACAAUAAAAGAAAUUACUCGAGACUCAGCUCUCACCUUACGAUGCAAAACUUCGUGGAUAACAACAGAAUGCAAAUUAAAAGUAAUCGUUCCUGUCAGGAUCGUUCCAGAAAGUUGCAGUGUGGAGAUGUCCGGAUGGAGUGUUUCCGGAUGGUGUACACUUGAAUGGAUGAAUAAUCAUAACAUGCCUAAUUGCACGUGGCGUUUGCUCUAUCAGAACAAAAUACAAUCGCUACAGGGCUCGACUAAUUCGGUCGGACAUGAUUCCCAAGACUACAGACGUGUAAAAUGUUCAUUUGUGCAUAAAAUACCAGCUGAGGACGGAAAUUAUACUUACAGCAUCAGCAUUUCUUCACAUCCAGCGGAUCAGUACUCAAAAACUUUUCAAAUAGAGAAACCCAAUAAUCUCAAGCAUAACUGUCCAGAAACCGUCCCUGAAGGAUCCAGCAUCAACUGUACAUGUUAUGCAUCAAGGAGAGGUAAUCCAUCGGCGAAAAUCGCGUGGGAUGGCUCGAACAGUGAAAAUUUUGUCAUUAACAAUGUAACGAGAAAAAGCAACGGAGCAGUCGGCGUUUGUCGUCUGACAUGGGGCAACAUGAACAUCACAGCUUUGUACACCAUUAGCAUCUCAUUUACAAUGGAACACGAUGAGAAAUCAGCAUCAGCAGCCAGUGCUCAAGGAGGAUUAAUUGGUGGCGUGGUUACAGCUGUGGUUGUUGUCGUUGUCAUUGCUGCCGCUGCCUUUGUGUACUUCAUGAAACGACGAAAAACUCCAGUGUACGACACAGCUAGAUGGCCUGCCGCAAACGAACAUAAUUAUCAGGACCUUGCUGAAAUCGGAACUAAAGCUUCACAGCCUGCAGGUUCAACAGACGAUAGCGACACAAGACAAAAUGAGGAUAAAUUAGGCUACGAGGAUGUAACCCUUGGAAGACCAAGUGUCUCACAAACAGCAGGGCUUUAGGUCUGCUUUUUUUCCCUUUUAUUACUCUACUAGAUGCAGUGUUUGUUGUGCGAAGAACACACAUGAUUUAACCUACUCCUCGACUAUGGUCUGCAAGGAUUCAGUAAAUUAUUUUACAGGCGAGCUAUUAAAAUUAUUUAUUAAAAUGAUUGUGGAUGAUAUAUUAAAACUGAUUUAAUGAUAUUAAAGAUUAUCUGUCAUAUAUCAUGAUGAUAAAUAAUGGUUUGUCUCAAUUUUAUUGGCUUUGAUGUUUUGUGUGUAUAUAUAAAUAAAGCAUAAUAUACAUGUUGCCUAUAGAAAUUUUGUUAAUUUGGUACAAUAGGGAGAUUUCAUUGAUAUCUAUUAAACAUUGUACUGUUUCUACUAUGUAAAUUAUACUGUUAAUUAUUUUACCGUAGCCCUGAGUUUAUUGAUUUCCUCUCGUUUUUUUUAUAAAAUGUAUGCAAUAUAUUAUUUAUGAUAUAAUAUUUUUAUCAAUAUUUUAAAAGUUAUUUAUCAUAUUUAAUAUUUAUUAUUUGCUAAUAAUUUUUGGUUAUGAAUGUCAAAGCAAAAAUGUUGAAAGAAGUAUUUCUUAAAAAAAUAUUAUGCCAAGAGAAUAGAAUAGAAAUCAAUAAAUCAUUAAAUGAUCAAUAAAUAAUUCAAAUUAAUACUUUAUUUGGUUUAGACAGUGUGGAAAGACUGAUACGCUUUUAGAAGGCUACUUGUUGUAGCCGUUUAAUGGCUUAGUCGUGAAUUCUUAAAUACCUAGCACCAAUGAGCCCGUUCCUCUUUCCUGCUCCAGAAAAGAAAACGGAAUUUACCAAUGUAAAUGUAACUAUAAAAUCAUUGCUCUUACAUAUCAAGUAUGUUUUUUUUCUUGGAAUAUUUCAGGUUUUUUUCUUUUAUCUACUUCUUACCUACCUGCACUCAGCCUACCAUAAAAUCUAUUAAAUACGUUUCUUCAAAUAAGUUUGUUCUCUUAGGUGGUUGGCUAUACUUAGAUUCUCCUUUUACUUAGCUUCUUCGCCAUGUAUGCUCAGUAUUUUACGAAUGGCUUCGUUUGCUAAGUUAACAUGCACGAGACGACAAAAGUUUUAUUUGCCUAGUGAGUUUAUGUUUAUUUAUUUUACAAGACAAAGGCAACAGUACAACACCUGUUGAUUAACAAGACGUCCGUAAAUUUUAAGUAGCCUUUUUUUUAAAUAAUUAAUAAAAAAUUAAUAAAGUUCAUUUAUACAGCGCCUUAUACCAGCAUUAUGAACUAUGUCGAGGCGCUUUACUACUACUACUUCUAACAUUAAUAAGAUCCGUGAUCAGGAAAAUUUGAGGAAAACCAAGAAAAAAAACUGUAAUAUCACAUUGCCCAUGAUGUGAUCUCAGUAGAAAGCAAGUACUGUAGCUCAAGUAACAUCCAUUGUCUCAAUAUAUGUGUCAUAUAAAAAAUUUGAAAUACUCGUCUACAAUCCUAAUCCCAUCUACAUUUUAUUGGGUUUUUUAACUAGCACCGAGUUAAAUGAAAAGCAACAGAGCUAAUGUAUAGUUCAAAAUGCAAGUGGCCAGCAGGACAUUUUCUAACUCUUCCGAGAAACCAAAGAAAUUUACCUGUAGAAAUUGUUUCAUACACAUCGUUUACUUUAUAUAUUUUAAACAUUUUUGAAGAAAUAAACUAAAAUGAUCCAUG